CUUGAUGGGACCCUUUAUUAAUGGGAUGAAAGGAAGAGUCAUCAUCAUUCUCAUCAUCGCUUGGCUGUUUGGAAGGAAGACUGACCAUACAAGAUGAAAUUCCUAUUGCUGCUUACCCUGGCCGUGGCCGCUUACGCUGCCCAAGCCCCGUUCUACGACGCUGGUGAAAACGGCGUAAAGGGACGUUACAUCGUCGUUCUGCAGGAUGGUGUAGAUAUCGACGCAACUUUAGAGCGUUUAAUGAACCGUGUAGCUACAUCUGGUCUCUUCGCUUCUAUCAAAUCGAAAAUAUCUCUCAUCAAUGCUUUCGUAUCCGUUGUUCCCGAAGGAGGCCUUGAUAUCUUGCGUUCCCUGCCUGGUGUUGCCUAUGUAGAGGAAGAUGAGAUCAUCACAGCUGACGCUGCAGUUGCCGAUUCCGAAUGGGGUCUUGAUCGCAUCGACCAGAGAGAUCUCCCUCUCGACGGGAGAAUGGACGUCAAAAGUGAAGGUGAUGGAGCUCAUGUUUACGUAGUCGACUCUGGUAUCUAUACAGACCAUGAUGACUUUGGUAGCCGUGCUAGUGUUGCUGCAGACUUCAUAGGUGGAGAUGGGCAAGAUUGCAAUGGACAUGGAACCCACUGUGCCGGUACUGCUGUAGGUAAUACAUAUGGUAUUGCUAAACAGGCCUCCGUCUACGCACUCCGUACCCUCGAUUGCAGUGGCUCUGGCUAUAAAUCUGACAGCAUCGCAGCCCUUGAUUGGGUAAGCGCUAAUGGGCAAAAGCCUGGUGUUGUUUCGAUGUCCCUCGGUGGCUCCGUGUCGACUUCACAAAAUACAGCUGUCAAGAAUUGUCGAAAUGCCGGCUAUGUUGUAGUUGUCUCGGCUGGCAAUGACGAUGGUGAUGCUUGCGACAAGUCACCCGCUUCUGCAGCAGAGGCUAUCACCGUGGGUGCCACUACCAGUUCUGACCAAAGAUCUUCCUUCUCGAACUACGGCACAUGUGUUGAUAUCUUUGCUCCUGGUUCAUCCAUCAAAAGUUGCGGUAUUAGCUCCAAAACUUCCACAAGCACAAAGAGCGGAACCAGCAUGUCAUGCCCUCAUGUUGCAGGUAUUGCUGCGGUAAUGUCUGCUUCAGAGAGUGAUUCUGAGAAAGUGUACGCUGCUAUCAUUAGUAACGCUUCCUCGGGCAAGGUUGGAGACGCUGAGACUGGCUCACCCAACCUCCUGGCUUACCUCGAUUAAAAAGGAGUUCCAAGAAACGAGAUCUUCUUUCAGCGAAAACCUAUCAAACAAAUAUUUUGAAUAUAGUGAAUUUAAACCUAAGCAUUUAUCCCAGUUGGUAGGGCUAUAUUGAAGCUCACACACACAGAAAGGAUCAAGGUUAUGGUAUUUGGGGAUUAAUUUUGAACAUCUUAAUGCAUCUUAGGGAUAAUCCCAUAAAUAUUACUCCAAUAAGCUGUAUUAAAAUGGGUGGACAUUGUGGUCUGGUCCAGACAAUUUGAUUCCUUCUGUAGUUCAAUGUUCUGCUUUGAGCAUUUUCAUUUUCGUUGAUUUUUUUGCUGUUGCUUGAUUAAAUGAAUAGAAUCUCAUCCGUAAACUGAAAGAAAAUCCUUCAUCCUCACUUGAUAUGUCAUAACAUAAUUAUCGAUGAUGGAAAAUCCUGACAAUUGAAAAUGCUAGAUUUGUAUUUUUUCUUCUUCUCUAUCUCUCUUUAACACAAAAUCAAACUGUCGUGGGUUUUAGAGGUUGUUUUCAACCUAUGAUAUUAUAUCACUCUGGUGCACUCCCUUUCAUCAGCGAUUAAAGUCGUGAGAUUAUAGAGGUGGAGAUAUUGUGGUCCAGUUGAUAGGUCUCCAGACUGCCAACAACAAGGUACAGGGUUCAAAUCCGUGUCGCAGCACUAAUGUUCAUUGGCAAGAUAUUAAUCUUCAUUGCCACACUUAACCUAGGCGAGGUAAAUGGUAUAAAUCUUUUUUUUCAAUCCACGGUCAAUGGGUAUAAUUUUUUAUUUCACUGGAUAAGUACGUUCACUGUAAUGGCUCUGAUAUCAAAGGUGAAUUAUGAUGUAAAACAAUUACCAUUGCAGCAUUCUAUAAUCAAUAAAGAAAAUACAAUAGCAAGGAAAAA